UAUUAUCAGAAUCUUAUUCUAGCUUUCUCUUAUGGAGUAUUGAUGCUUGAUGCAAUUUUUUUAGUCGUAUGUUCAUAUAAUAAUACACAAGCAACUUAUUGAAUUAUAUCCCCCCCUUCUUUCAUAAGAGAUUGGACUCAGAAGAAUUCAAGUUUUAUACUUUUAGGUUGCUUGAACCACAAGCAAAAAUGGGUUUGACAGUGUCAAGGCUAAUGAGACUAUUUUAUGCAAAGAAAGAAAUGAGAAUUUUGAUGGUGGGUCUAGAUGCAGCUGGAAAAACAACAAUACUCUACAAAUUGAAGCUUGGAGAAAUUGUCACUACCAUACCAACCAUAGGCUUCAAUGUAGAGACUGUUGAGUACAAAAAUGUUAGCUUCACUGUUUGGGAUGUUGGAGGACAAGACAAGAUUCGACCAUUAUGGAGACACUAUUUUCAGAAUACACAAGGUCUUAUCUUUGUGGUAGAUAGUAAUGAUAGAGAAAGAAUUUUAGAAGCCAGAGAUGAGCUCCAUAGAAUGCUGAGUGAGGAUGAACUUCGCUACGCCUCAUUACUUGUAUUUGCCAAUAAGCAAGACCUUCCAAAUGCUUUGAGUGUUGCAGAAAUUACAGAUAAACUUGGUCUACAUUCUCUUCGUCAGUGUCGUUGGUACAUACAAUCAACUUGUGCCACGUCAGGCCAAGGACUCUAUGAAGGACUUGAUUGGUUAUCCAGUAAUAUAUCUAUCAAGACAAGAUGAAUCAAGAUCUGAGUUAUUUUCUGAUCUUUAUCAUAUGAAUAUUGAGACUUGGCUGCACAUUCUAUAAUAUAUAUGACAUCUUGUUUGCUUAUAUAUAGGCAUAAACUUGAGUGCUACCUUUUAUUAAUUUGAACUAUAUGAACCAACUAUAAUAUCAAUAUCAAUCACUAUGUGCGCUUUCUAAAA